CCGCAUAUAUAUCUCUCUUUGGAUGGAGCGCCGCCGCCGCCGUGCUGUGCUGUGCUCUCACCGGCAGCUGAAGGAUUCCCACGGAGCUGCCUUUGCGCAUACCCCGCUAGCUUGCUCGCUCGCUCUGCAGGAGAGCCUGCCAGCCCCCGCACAAAGCCCCCUUGCCCUCAAUGCACCGGGUCACGCUUUUCUUCCUCCUGCCGCUGUUCUGGGGCUCAGUGUGCCAGCAUGCUGCUGGAUCAGGGCUAAAUGUGACCGAAGGAAAGCAAAGUAUGCCCGUUUUGAGGACUCUCCACACAUCAGGAACUGAGAUGUCUUCAUCUGGUGCUGAGGAUGAAGAGACUGAAGAGGAGGACAUGAGGGAGUUAAUGGUACCUCAAUUCCUUUUGGGUGACUCAAGCAGAGCUGAAUCACAAGUUAAGAAACCACCAAAAUCAGAAAGUAGGAAAAAGAACCCUGACAAACCAAAAAGAAAAGGAAACAAGGGGAAGAAAACUAAGAAGAAAAGCCGAACUCCAUGUGAGAGAGAGUAUAAAACCUUCUGCGUUCACGGUGAAUGCAAAUAUAAUGAACGUCUCCAACAAGCGGCAUGCAUAUGCGAUCUGCACUACUUUGGUGAACGUUGCGUUGAACAGUUCUUGAAGACGCACAGAAACGACGAUGCAGCAAGCCACUCUUCCACAGUAGAGGUAGUGGUGGUGGUUGUACUCGCAGUCCUUGGUGUUAUUGUCAUUGUACUCAUUGUACUGCGGGCAAGAAGAAAAUAUCCUAAAUAUGGUGAAAAAGAAGAAAGAAAAAAGCUUCGGCAAGAAAAUGGAAGCUCCAGCAAUGAUGUCUAAAGAGAAGUGAAAAGAUGAAGAGGCUGUUGCUGAAGCUCUUGCUAUUCCAUAGAGGCAUGUCUAAGAAGGUCAAAUCAAGAAUCUUGAUGAACCUGUUGAGACUGAUGAGGCCUUGCCUGCCCUUUGGAGGAUGCUGCAAAGAGGGAUUUAGUGCUCCCCUUAUUUCUUGGCAGCUGCCAAUGAUUGCAGAACAUGCUGCAUUUGCAGGAAUUAACAUCUGUAGAUUUUACAGCCACUAGAGAGCUGACUCACCUGCUCAGCACUGAAAAGACUAUCAAAUGGCUGUUACCUUGUGGACUUUUUUUUUGCUCGUGUGUGUCACCAGUGUUCUAUACUGAGAGAGUUUACAGAUAAAUCGGUGUGUGAGGAGGGAUGCCAAGAGAGGGACAAAGGAGGCAAACUGCCCCACAAGGCAGAGGGCCCCCAAUAACAGCAUAUGGGGGUGCAGGAGGAGAGUUCUUGGGGCUGUGUUGGCUCAAGUGGCCUCUCUGCAGUUCUCUGUGUGAGACAGAAUUUAGGAGAUGUGAUAUGACUACAAAGAGAAAUUCUUUACUGACCACCACCACCACCCCCAUGAAGGUGAAGGAAGGAUCAUAGCAUGCUCUCAAUUUCAUCAAUAAGCUUCAUGCUGCAUAUAGAGAAAUAUGUGUGAUUCAAGUGGGACACAUGGCAUGCGGCGUACAUUCCCCUCCACCCCACCCAUACCUUCAUCUCUGUCAUCUUGGGGAUUCUCACCUGUAUGAAAAAGUGGCGGACAAGAAAUGUCCCGGUCUACUUCUUGUUUUGGAUGUUUCACUUGAAGGUACAUGAGCAAUUGGAGUGGUUUUCAAGGUGACUGCUGCUGUAGUUCAGUGGUGCAUGGAAGGUACAAUGAUUGACACUGGGACUGAAUCCAAGUUUCUUAUCCUGACUUGUUGAUAAACUCUGGUUGGAGCAAGCCAGGAUUUGUUGGGUUUGGACACUGGCAAAUGCUCAUAUAUGUUCAACUUCUGGUCAUGACCUAAACUUCCUCCCAUUGCUCAUUAAGGGGAGAGAUGAGAAUACACACUCAACCAUGUGAAUGUCAUAUGAAACCAUCUUUAACCAUGGUUCCAGGAGACAGCUAGAUCUUUAACAUGCAGUUAGGCUUCCUAAAUCCCAUUGAGGCUUCUUAUAGCUGAACAGCCUAACUGUGUGUAGAACUGCAAUCAGAUACCAUUAUUUUACACUACCUGAACAGGAAUGUAUGACUUCCUGCAAUAAUGCAUCUUUUAACUUGGUUACAAUGUCUUGCAUAUAUAAGACUUUUCCUGACAGAAAAGCAAAAGUUUAUUACACAACUGUAUGUUAUGUUGAUAUAAAUAUUUAAAUGCAGAUUUUUAAUGGUUGUAAACAAUGUUCUGUAUUUAAUAUGUUCAUAGAAUUAAAAAAAACUUAUUUAUUUUAUAAUUAAAUUUUUUGUACAAACGUAA